CUCCCAAUUACCUUCCUUUGUGGAUUCACAAUGCUUUACACUGCCAUUAUUGUCUUGAAUAAUGCAUUCGAAGAGAUAAAAAAACAUUCGUGAGAACGAGAAAAGCUGGCGAAAUCGUGUCUCGAGAAGUAGCCGCGAAGUGUAUAAUCUGUUAAAGAACAUUAACCAACGUUCAUUAUCUUGAAUAUUUCACUCAAAUGCUCGUUACCUUGAUUGCCAAUAUUUCCGUGCAAAUUCGCAAUUCUAUAAUGUGUAGAAUUACACAAACCGCUAUAUAAUCGUAAACGUACCGAGAAGAUUAUAGUAUAAUAACUUAUGUAUGGAUAAUCGAUUUUAUCUAUAAUCCCGAAGGAACUGCUCAGUCGUUUGGUAGAGACAGACACGAUUGGAAUGAUGCUCGUUGUCCUGUACGUCCUCGCGUUGUCACUCGGCAAUGACGUAAUCGCGUUAUUUCGCGUUGAAGACAGUAUCGUAAGAUUUAUCGUCAAUGUGACGCCUGCUCUAUUCCCACCUUCGAGAGUAUCUUUACAACUAUGCAUCAAUUAUGAUGAUACGAUCAAAUUAUCGAGAAUAUUGUCAAGCAACUACUUGACGCAUAAUAUUCGUAACAUAUACGAGGAACUUAAUCCAAAGAUUUAUAAUGACUUAGAACAUCAAAACUUGUAUGUGUUAGAUUUGGAUUGCGAUUACGCCACUAAUGUUUUACGACAGGCACAUUUGAAAAGAAUGUUUGUUGCUCCAAUGAAAUGGCUACUUUUACAAGAUCGAAGAAAAGUGAUUGACGAUGACGACAAUCCCAAUUCAACUUUUACAUAUGAUGACUCCAUGUUCAAAAUUUUCGAAGAUUUGGCGAUUUAUCCUGACAGCGACGUGAUGCUCAUGCGAAGAUUCGACGGUGACUUUUUUGAAUUAUUGUCCGUAUAUCGACCAAGUCCACAGCGGGGAGUGAUAUGGGAAAAUCGUGGAAAUUGGACGUUCGAAAAUGGUUUACAAAUGAGCACUUUCGAAGUGUCUUCAGCACGAAGAAAAAAUCUUCAACAGACGACUCUUAAAUCAUGUGUCGUGAUAACAAACCCCAAUUCGAUUAAUCAUCUGACUGACUACAAAGAUAAAAUAGUAGAUCCUGUGACAAAAGUUACUUAUCCUUGGGUAUUACAUCUAGCGAAUCGAAUGAACGCAACGAUAAGUUUAGAAAUCACAGAUACCUGGGGAUAUCGCCCUAAGAAUGGCUCCUGGAACGGAAUGAUCGGAAUGUUGAAUCGGCGCGAAAUCGAUAUAGGUGGUACUGCUUCAUUUCUCAUACCGGAACGUAUCGGUAUUGUGCAAUUCGUCCAAUUGUAUGCACAUACUCGCAUACGCUUCGUAUUUCGGCAACCUUUAUUAUCGUCCGUAAGAAAUAUAUUUAUCCUGCCUUUUCAACGAAAUGUCUGGAUAGCGAUUGCAGUAUUUCUUUUUUUGGUCUUCUGUUUUCUCUAUUUAACUAUCAAGUGGGAAUAUUAUCGCGACAGGACGACACAAUCGGCAGCCUAUUGGAAUCAAUUAAAUCCCAGCAAGCCAACAGUUAGUGAUAAUAUUCUUAUACUUUUAGGAGCAUUUGCUCAGCAAGGAUAUUCAUACGAACCCUAUAGGAUUUCGCCUCGAAUAGUCACUCUUAUGUUAUUACUGGCCUCGCUGAGUCUCUAUGCAGCUUAUACAGCCAAUAUCAUGAGUUUGCUGCAGUCUACCACAGAUUCUAUUAAAACUCUUUCGGAUCUUCUAAAUAGUCCUUUAAAACUGGGUGUACAUGACGUAGUGUACAACAGACAUUAUUUCAAGUCAUUUAAAGAUCCCGUUAGAAAAGCAAUCUUCGAACAGCGAGUCGAACCGAAAGGACAAAAAUCUAACUGGAUGUCCGUAGAAGAAGGUGUACGUCGCAUAGGACACGAACUCUUUGCAUUUCAAGGUGAGGUCGGUACAAUUUACCAAUUAAUGGAAGACACGUAUUUUGAAGAACAGAAAUGCGGUUUGACUGAGGUCGAUUUCUUAAAAGUUUUACAUCCACUCCUUACGAUACAAAUGCAAUCACCUUACUUAGAGAUAAUAAAAACUGGAGCUUUAAAAUUACGAGAAUACGGACUCAAAUAUCGUGAUGAAUAUCGUCUAUAUACGAGAAAACCAAUAUGCUCGAGUCAAAUCAGCUUUAUUACUAUUGGUUUUAUGGAAUGUUAUUUUGCAUUAGUUAUAAUGGGUUAUGGAAUACUUUUUGCUGUAAUCGUGUUUGCAUUUGAGUUGUUGUGGCACAAGAGGUAAGGUUUUAAGAAAUUCACAGAAAAAAAGAACAUUUUUGUUUUGAGAAUAUCUUUAUUUUUGAAAUAUUAAAUAUUAAAAUAAAAUUGUAUACCAUUACAGAGAUACAGCAGAUAACUUUAUAUAAACAAAUUUUGUAUAGAUUUGUCAGGAAAAAUAUGUUAUUAUUCAGUAAUAAUUUUCAUAAAUUAAAAAAAUAUUAAAUAGGAAAAUAUAAUAAUAUUUAAAUUAAGAAGCUUUAAAUUAAAAAUUUUUUAAUAUUCUUAUAUACAUUUUAUUAAUUCAAUUGAAACAAAGAAUUUUACGAAGAAACUAAUCAAAAAAUUCUUUGAAGUUUGUAACACCCAAAGAGAAACCUAAGAUACUUUUUUUACGCAGGCAAACUAUGCGCGCAAUAAAAGAGACGUCAGACGCAAUUUUUACUAUGCUACACAUUGAUUAAAUAUGAAUUUAGAAAUGUAUACUAAUUCGAAAGAAAUUGCAAACGUUUAACUUCCUUGAGCUCUUUGCUGCAUAAAAGCUAAUCGAAUUGUGAACUUUAUAAAAAAAUUUUAUCAGAUAGACUUUUUUAUUCAAAUAAGAAUAUUGAGCAGCUUAUAUUAAAUCAACAAAUAAAAUAUUAUUUAGGCCAAUUAAUCAGUGUUAAAAACAAAGUAAUAAUUCAGUAUUGAUGACCUUCCUUUACAAAAUAUAUGUAUCUAUAUGCUAUUCUGUUCCUUAAUAAGUGCUUUCCAUUUAGUAAUACAAAUCGACAUAAGUCAUUUCUGGUUUCUAUCUGAUUUGUAUCGCAAUGUGCCGGUGACACAAAUCGACUUCAAUUGAUUCUGCUUUCGAUAAGAAUAAGCAUUUUUAUUUAAUACAAAUAUUGACGUAAAUCACAUAAAUAGAAAGCAGUCAUUAAAACUUUUACAGUUUUUCUUUAUGUAUAACACACUGUAAAAUAGAUUGUAAAAUAAAUGCAUGUAAUGUGAUUAAUACGGUGUUUAAAAUAAAUGUACGCAACAGAAGUUUGGUCUAAAAUUUGUUUACAGAGAAUUUUUCUGAAAAAAAAAAAGAUUCUUCUUUUAUGAUGCGUUCUAUCAAUGUUCCACUAUGCGGUACUUAUUUUACAAAUACAGUCAACGUUUUGAAGAUGUUCUUCUUUGUUGUCAUUAAAAAAUAUUAUUUGGAAAAAUAGUAAAAUACAACAAAAUCGUAUCAUAUAUAAAUACAUUAUCUGCACAUUAUCUGCAUAGUGAUGAAAUUUAAAGAUUAAAAACAAAACUUAAAAAAAAUUGAAAAUUGAAAAUGACGAUAUAUUAUACAAUGAAUGACCAUAUUCGCCAACUUCUUUUGCAAUAAAAUAUUUAUCUUUAUUAUACUUUCUAGUUUCUAUCUAAUAUUAAUAUGUUAAUUAAAAUGCUUAAAACGCUUCGUUGCACAUAGAACUAUAUUAUUAAAUAUAAUAU